AUGUCGGAAUUCAACAUCCCAGAGAAAUACGAUGACCUACCGGACAAGCGACGAUACUGGCCGGCGGCGCCGGGGUCUCGCGAAGAGGGACUGGGCAUGCUACGACUAUUGACUCCGGAGGUCGUCGCCAACGCUGCCCAAACACAAAUCCGGACUGGCGAGCGCGUGUGUUUAAAUUGGGAUCUCGAGAAGCUGAAUCCUCCGGGCUUCAAGCGUAAGCCCUUCGAACACAAAGUGAAGUGGGUGGCGGAGGGCGUUGCCUUUGACGACGAAUAUCACUUCAAUCCACAGCAAUCCUCACAAUGGGACGGACUGCGUCACCAUAGUGCGCCGCCGCCGCCGCCGCCGCCAGCUGGCACAGAGGAGGACAGCAGUAGUCGCACAACAUCAACCACCAACACCACCACCGGCAGGGCGAACGAACAGGUGUUCUAUGGUGGCACGACGGCGGCCGAGAUCCUGGACCCCAAGUCCGCGCGCAUCGGCAUCGGCCACUGGGCGAAGGAGGGGAUCGCGGGCCGCGGGGUGCUGAUCGACUACUGCAGCUGGGCGCGGGAGCAGCGCGGGGUGACGGUGGACGCGCUCAGCCGGCACGAGAUCUCGCUGGACGAGGUGCAGACGAUCGCGCGAGACUGCGGCAUCGAGUUCCAGCGCGGGGACAUCUUCUUCCUGCGCGUGGGCCUGCCGGCCACGUGGGACGCGAUGGGGGACGAGCAGAGGGCGGCGUACAGCCGGCAGCCGACGCCGCAGCAUGCGGGGCUCGAGCAGAGCGAGCGCGUGCUGCGCUUCCUCUGGGACCACCACUUCGCCGCCGUCGCGUCCGACGCCGUCAGCUUCGAGGUCUACCCGCCGCUCCGGCCGGAGUGGGACCUCCAUCACUACCUCCUGGCCGGGUGGGGGUUGCCCAUCGGCGAGAUGUUCGAUCUCGAUGGGCUGGCGGAGAUGUGUCGGCGGCUCGGGCGGUGGACCUUCUUUGUCUCGAGUAGUCCGUUGAAUUGUGCGCAGGGCGUCAACAUGGCUUCCCUGUCCACUCUUUCCCACCUCCUCCAGGAAUGCAUUUCAUCUCUUCUCACCUGGAAAGCACUAGCCCUGUUCCUCGCACUGAUCAAUUUGAAGAACCUCCCUCUGGUCUGGCAUGCCCGCCUCGCCCACCACCUCUAUCGCAACAUCCGGCGCACCCCGCAAGACCCGCACCACCCGGCGUCAACACACCCGCCGCCGCACGCGACGCACCCGAUCUUCCUCCCGCUGACCAUCAGCUCGCGCACCCCGAUCCUGGAAACCGACUACAACUUCCACAAGUCCAACAGCACCUACUUCUCCGACCUGGACAUCGCGCGCACCGCCCUGGCCACCCGCAUCUUCACCCCGGGGUCGCGCAUCGUGAACCGCGAACUCGAUGCCGAAGCCGCGGCGGCCUCGUCAGCAUCAGCAUCGUCCGGCGGGAAGGAGAAGAAGCAAGGACCCAAAGGCGGAAGCAAACUCGGGCUGUACAUCGCCCUGGGCAGCGUGUUCUGCAGCUUCAAGCGCGAGAUCAAGCCCUUCGAGCGGUAUGAGAUUACCUCGAGGGUGAUCAGUUGGGAUGAGAAGUGGGUGUAUAUGAUUAGUUAUUUUGUGAGGCCGCAGGCCGGCAAGAAGGGGAGGUUGUUGGCUACGGCGCUGAGUAAGUAUGUGGUCAAGAAGGGACGGGUGACGGUGCCCCCUGAGAGGGUGCUGAGGACGAGUGGGUUCUUGCCGGAGAGGCCGGUGGGGUCUGUAGGUUCUGGGAGCUUGACGCCGGGGGAGAGUGGGAGUGGGAGUGGGAGUGGGAGUGAGGAGGGGCAGUUGCUGGAUGAGGGGAUUACGGCCACGGGGACGGCCACGGGGGUGGAUGCGGCGGUUGUGAGAGAGGUGUUGUUGGAUGCUGGGAAUGGUGAUGAGGCGGCGAAGGAGGAGCAGAGGGAGAGGAAUGUUCAUUCGUGGAAUGAGGAGGAUUGGCCCUGGGAGAGGAUCGAGGAGGAGAGGCUGCGUGGGUUGAAGGUUGUGGAAGGGUAUGCUAGGUUGGAUGCGAAGUUG